GUCAGUGAAAAUGCGAAACGAGCGACCACUAGUGGCAGAUGGCGGGAGUGAUCUCGUGUGAUAUAACUGUGUUAGAUGGUUAGAUUAGUUUUUAAAUUGUAGUGUAUAAUAAAUAGAAUAGUUAUUAAAAUGACUAGAGCUAAAAUAGAACUCGGGGACGUGACGCCGCAUAAUAUAAAGCAACUGAAAAAGUUAAACACAGUCGUAUUUCCAGUGUCUUACAAUGACAAAUUUUACAAAGACGUAUUGGAGGCUGGUGAAUUGGCGAAGUUGGCGUAUUAUAAUGAUAUUGUGGUGGGAGCGGUGUGCUGCAGGAUAGACACGUCGGAGAACUCUCGGAGACUGUAUAUAAUGACUUUGGGUUGCUUGUACCCGUACAGAAGACUGGGCAUUGGUACACUCAUGGUGGAACAUGUGCUCAAGUAUGUUGAACAGGAUGGAAAUUUUGACAGCAUUUUCUUACAUGUGCAAGUGAAUAAUGAGGGUGCAAUAGAUUUCUACAAAAAGUUUGGCUUUGAGAUUGUAGAGACAAAAGAACAUUACUAUAAGAGGAUAGAGCCAGCUGAUGCCCAUGUUUUACAGAAGACUAUCAGACAACCUGAAGCUCCAUUAGUCAACGGAACAGUGCCACACGCAAAAACAAAUGGGCAUGAUUGAGCUACACAAUAAACCCCACUAUGUACUCAUACAGAGCCUCAAAACGGUUGUAAUAGUGCAACAGGCAAGUGAUACAAUAUAAUGUUAAGAUAAGUCACUUGAAAUAUCCUUACAGAUUUAAGAAUUUUGCUUAGACUGUCAACUUUAUGUGAGGUAUGCAAGAAUAGGUGGGCAACAACUAAAUAAGAAAGAAACUCAGGCAAAAACAUGCGAGUUUUGGUUUCAUUGUGCCAAGUGGAUCAUCAACCGUUAGAUAACCAUCAGAAUAUCAUACAUAAAGUUGAAGGUCUAUAAGGGACAGGUAACAGUUGUGGUUGUGUAAGUCUGAGGCCAUAAUAAUUACUCGAAAUGACUGAUACUUUUCAUGAUUCAGGUAUUUCAUGUUGUACAGUACUUCCAUAAUAAAACUACAUGAAUGUUUUGUAUGCAUUCUCUUGUGUGUAUUGAUUAAUCUAGUACCUACUUGUACAGAAUGUGACACUAAGUUCUAAUAGCUGUGAAAUUUGUAAAUGAACUCUUUUUAUCAUUUAUAAGAUAAGAAUUAUGCUAGCUCUAGGCAUUCUUAUAACUAAUUGGAUGGCAUACAAAAUUAUAUAUGUCCAUUUUUUACUGUUCAAUCUUGUAUUUAAUGAAGUAGCUGUAAAGAUUUCGACUUUUUUAUCAUUUGAUGAUGACCAACAAACUUACCCUUUCCCACUAACUGACUCAUAAAUAUCAUUGUAACUUCAGCAAUAUUUAUAAGCUCUAAAAAUUCAACUUCAAAUUAGUUUGUAACAUAAAAAAAAGCUUAUUUUUUGCACCUAUCUUAUGAGAGUUUACUAUUCUGGUGUUCAAUAAUUUUAUAACUUUGUUGAUUUGGAAUAAAAAAAUUGUUUAUUGAUGAUUUUAGACAUGAUUGCUAAUGAAGAAAAGUUAUUAACUAUGAAUUUUAUCAUUUGUUGCACAUUUAUUUACACCACAUUUGGUUAGGUAUACACUACAUUUUGAACCCUCGCCGUUAGGUGGUAUUGCUUACAUUUAGUUACUGCAAAUAAAAUACUCAGUUGCAAUACAUGCGCUGGAAGCUUUUUAAAUAUAUUUUUUACUAUACUAUGAAUAGAAAUACCAAUUAAAUUGGUCCACUACAUUUGAUAUGCUAGAGGACUUGACGAGAAAUUAAAUAUAACAUUAAAAAGUUGAUUUUCUAAUUUCCUGAGCAAUUUUCUGUUUGAUAGAAUCUCCUGCAAAUUAUUUAAAUUUGAAAGGAAAUAGGAUUGUUAGUUGUUCUGAUGUUAUGGUCUGGCCAACAGAAAUAUGUAUAUAGAACUCUCUGGGUUUAAGUAUUUCAUCAUGUAAUGCUGUCAUCUACAAAUCACAAGGUGUUUAUUUUUGGGUGAAAUUCCAGUUUCAUGUGAAUAUGUAGCGUGAAUGCAAGAGAAGUAGUGAUGAACAUCAGUUCAUCACUACUUCUUUCGGAUUAGGAUCACCUAAUUACAUGAACCAGCUAUACACACUAUUUUUGGUUCAUAGUUUAAGGGUGUGCUGUUAUGGGCCAGUCAAAGAGGAAACUCGCUAUGCAUUUCAUAAUUAUUCAGGUGUAAGGUUUGUACAUAAAUGAGCAACAAUAAUAAAGUUUUUUUUUUACCAAAAAGUCAAUUAUCUUUUGUCACACUCACAUGAUAAUUUUUCUAAACCUUUCCUUUGUUAAAAUAUCAUGUUCACCGCAACUUUAGCAUUAGUAAAUAAAUAAUAAACACAAAUAAA